AUAAUUUUUUACGCAGAAUUUAUAUUUCAUUGUUUAAUUUUAUUUGUCUUGUUAUUCCUUUGUUGCGCGAAGUUUGGCUCUUGACAAAAUCAUUAUGACUGUACUUAUGUAUUGUUAAGUUUCAAGUUCAAAAUCGAUGUAUGCGUUAUUAUUAUUAUUAAAUUACGCGGGAACUAUUGCCAACAAAAUACUAUGAGUGUACAACCAAAAAUGCAUCUGUAAGAGAUGUCUUGUCAAUGGAUGACAACUCGUUUGGCCAUUCUGGCCGUUUAAAGAAUCAACAUAAGUUACCUGCUAUAAUGACCCCAGUUAAUACGAUUUCGACUCACAGUGAUUUCAGUUUACCAGACGUUACACUUACAUCACAAUUUACCUCAUUAAAACUAACUCCUGAUUACAAUGACAGUGAUGAAGAAGGUGAUGGUCAUUGCCAUAGCUUUUUACUUCUUGAUGAGAAAGAAAGACUGAAGGUAUCUAAUGUUGAAUUAUUUGUUAAACACCUCACGGGAUACAAAAGUAACAAUUCUGUAAAAGUAAUUUCAAUAUUUGGAAAUACAGGAGAUGGAAAGUCAUACACUUUGAACCAAUGUUUUUUUAGAGGCACAGAAGUAUUUCGUACAUCUUCUGUACAAAAAGCAUGUACAGUUGGAGUUUGGGCAGCUUAUGACCCAUUCUUGAAUGUUAUUUGUUUAGACACUGAAGGAUUUUCAGGAUCAGCAGUUCAUAAUAAACAAAGAACAAGGCUAUUACUCAAGGUUUUGGCUGUAUCAGAUAUAGUUAUAUAUAGAGUUAAAGGUGAACGAUUGCAAGAUGACAUGUUUAGCUUUCUUGGAUCAGCAUCUAAGUCUUACAUAAAACAUUUUCAAAAAGCCCUACAUACUGUCUGUAAUAGAUCAAUAAAUCCAAUUAAAUGUGCUGAUUCUUUACAAGGACCAACAUUAUGUAUAUUUCAUGAAACAAGAAAUACUGAACCUUUAGGAUGUUAUAAUGGUAAAGAUGUCUCAGAACAAAUAAGAGAUCGGUUUCAUGAGUUGCAGCUUGAUGUUGAUGGAUUUGAGUCCCUUCGUUAUGUAGGGAUUCAAACUACCAUUCCCCCUACAGAUUUUGAUUCAAUAAGAGAUGUACUUAAUGAAGAAAUUACAAGGAACUGUAAUCGACCACAAAGAUCUCCUCAAAUUGUUUAUCUUACAUUAAAGGCCUUAAAUGACAAAUUUACUGGUGAAAUUAAGACUUUAGUUGAACCACUUUUUCCAGACCAACAUCUAACUUGUCCUAUCAUAUGUCAAUCUUGUGAACAACGGUGUACAAAUAGUGUUGGUCAUUUAAAAGAUAACAUUCCCCAUUUUAACAAUUCCAAAUGCAGGUUUCAGUCUCAGUUUGAAAAUUCAGUUUAUAUAUGUAAAGUUUGUGCAGAUAAUGGAACACCUGUUGUUGUCACGUACAAGUACCCUAACGAUACCCAAAAUUCUUGGAUUAAAUAUGCUUUGUCCGGGUAUACCAUUGAUUGUCCAAAAUGUGGAGUAAUAUAUCGUAGUAAACAAUACUGGUAUGGAAAUAAUGAUCCAGAAAAAUCUGCAGUUUAUACAGAAACAAAACAUAUCUGGCCUGGUAUGGAUUUACCUUCAUCAUCUAGCAUGAAUCCUGCUAGAAAAGUAUUAGAUGGAGUAACUUACAUUUCUGAAACAGUUGCUAGUGUAAGUUAUGAACCUUCCCGUUUAUUAUCUUCUUGGGUUGCCGAUCAAUUUGCACCAAAAUAUUGGAAAUCUAAUGCUGAAAUAAAGGAAUGUGUUGUUUGUAAAUUACAAUUUUCUUCAACCUCAAUUAAACACCAUUGUCGAGCAUGUGGUGAAGGAGUUUGUGAUGAAUGUUCUAAACGUACUAUGUGUGUUCCAGAAAGAGGAUGGAAUACACCUGUCCGUGUAUGCAAUUUUUGUUACAAAAGAUCUGGAAGCAUAAGUAGUAACUGUUCUGAUUCUUCUAGUCGGGGAGACGAAAGUGAAGUUGGAGCUAGAAAAUUUAGUGAAGCUGUUGUUCAAACAUUAUCUUCUGUUGCUUCAGUUUUAGAAUAUCCAAAAAAUCUUAUUAAAGAUACAGCUAGGCCAUCUUAUUGGGUACCUGAUAGUGAAGCAUUGGAUUGUUUUAUAUGUAAAACAGAAUUUGGAUCAACAUUAAUAUUGCACCAUUGUCGUGGUUGUGGCCAUGGAGUUUGCUCUAGUUGUUCUAGCCAUCGAAAACCAGUUCCACACAGAGGCUGGCCAAACCCUGUUCGAGUGUGUGAUUUGUGUUCAAAUCAAGACGCAUAAUACAUGAAAAUACUUUAUUUCACUGAUUUUUAUAACCAUUAUAUAAUUAAAAAGUAUAAAUAUCCUGAAA